UGCUGCAAGGGAAACGGAAAGACGUGCAGUGGAAACAAAUACGCUGAAUGGUCUGACAUACACCUAUUGUACUUAAAGACUACACUAACAUGAACUCUGAAGAAUUCAGGAAGAAAGGGAAGGAUAUGGUGGACUAUAUCGCUGAUUACCUGGAAAAUAUUGAAUCAAGGCAGGUUUUUCCUGAUGUGGAGCCUGGAUAUUUAAGACCACUGAUCCCAGAUUCUGCUCCAGAGGAAGGAGAGACAUAUGAAAAUAUAAUAAAAGAUGUUGAAAGAGUUAUCAUGCCAGGGGUAACUCACUGGCACAGUCCUUAUUUUUUUGCAUACUUUCCUUCUGCCAAUUCAUACCCAGCCUUGCUGGCAGAUAUGCUGUGUGGGGCUAUUGGGUGCAUCGGCUUUACCUGGGCUUCUAGUCCGGCAUGCACAGAGUUGGAGACAGUAAUGUUGGACUGGUUGGGGAAGAUUAUAGCUUUGCCGCCACAGUUUUUAGCUGGUAGUAAUGGUGAAGGUGGAGGCGUCAUUCAGGGUACAGCAAGCGAAGCUACAUUAAUGGCACUGCUUGCUGCCAGGACCAGGGUUAUAAGACAUCUCCAGUCGGAAAACACUGACUUAAGUGAAGCAGAGAUAAUCAAUCGGAUGGUAGCCUAUUCUUCAGACCAGGCUCACUCAUCAGUGGAGAGGGCUGGACUAAUCAGUGGGGUGAUAAUGAAGAAGGUUCGAUCAGAUGAGAACUUUGCUUUCCGUGGACUUGCUCUCAAAAAAGUUUUAGAAGAAGACAAAGCAAAAGGUCUAAUCCCAGUGUUUGUCUGUGCCACCCUGGGGACAACCGUAUCCUGUUCAUUUGACAACUUGGUAGAACUGGGGCCUAUUUGUAAUGCAGAAAACAUAUGGCUACAUGUUGACGCAGCUUAUGCAGGAAGUGCCUUUAUUUGUCCAGAAUUCAGAUACCUUAUGAAAGGCGUGGAGUUUGUAGACUCAUUUAACUUUAACCCACAUAAAUGGCUUUUGGUGAACUUUGACUGUUCUGCAUUUUGGGUAAAAAAGAGAUCAGACUUAAUUGGUGCCUUCAAAAUUGACCCUGUGUACCUUCAAUAUGAUCAACAAGAAUCAGGUCUAGUGACAGACUACAGGCACUGGCAAAUCCCUCUGGGAAGGCGAUUUCGCUCUCUAAAAUUGUGGUUUGUGUUAAGAAUGUAUGGCGUGAAAGGACUUCAAGAUUACAUACGCAAGCAUAUACGGCUGGCACAGGAAUUCCUGGACUUUGUAAAGCAGGACGACCGAUUUGAAAUUUGUGUCCCAGUUAUUUUGGGUCUGGUAUGCUUUCGGUUAAAGGGGUCCAAUAAAUUAAACAAAUCUCUCCUACAAAAGAUAAACAAUUUGAAGAAAAUCCAUAUAGUGCCAGGAACCUUAGGGGAUAAGUUUAUUUUACGUUUUGCAGUUUGUGCUCAAACUGUUGAAUCAAAACACAUUACAUUUGCCUGGAAGCACAUCGAAUCAUUGGCCACUGAAGUCCUAAAGACAGAAGGGGAACGAAUAUAGCAUGACCUGCACGGUCGAGAUGCUCAGAGUGGAAAAGUAAAGGAAAAAAACACGUUUUGCUGCACAUUCAGUAUUCUUCUUGGAGUUUGUUUUCUUGUUGAUCAAAAACGGUAUCCGGUCUUUAGGUCGACACUCAGGUUGACCACUAUUGGUUGACUUGCAUUAGGUCGACAUGGUCAUUAGUUCAACAUGGUCACUGGGUCGACAUGACAAAUGUCGACACAUUGACAUGUCAUCAUGGUUUAAAAAAAAAUAAAAAAAAUUGAACUCUUUUAUACUUUACGAUCCACGUGGACUACGAUUGGGAAUAGUAACCUGUCCCGAGCGCAGCGGUAGCGGAGCGAGGCACCUUGCCCGAAGCAUGACGAGUGAAGCGAGCCAUGCGAGGGGACAAGGUGCACUAAUUGGGGUUCCCGGUCACUUUACGGAGAAAACGACACCCAAAAAAUAUAAAAAACUCAUGUCGACCUUUUUCCAUGCCGACCUAGUGACCUAUUUCAGGUGUCGACCUAGUCACUGUCGACCAAUAGUGGUCGACCUAGUUAAUGUCAACCCUAUGAUCCACACCCAUCAAAAAUAAUGCUGGUCAUGUGAAAUAUAUGUAACUUUUGGUGUACUGUAUUGAUCUGCCAUGAUAUUUGCAAUUUAAUUAGUGUGGUUGGUAGGGAGGGUGACUAUGCUGCAUAGAUCGCAGUCUGGCAGUUGCGGAACUAAACAUUUGUGGACCCUAUAGCAAUAUUGUGGUUUCCCUGUGCCCCAAGUGUGAUGCCCAUUUUGUCUUUGAAAUACAAAACAACCCUUUUUGAGCAAUAAACACUUUUUG